AUGGGUGCUGAAGUUCCAGUCAGCCGCCGCGUUGGUUCCCGAAAAUCGAGAUCUGGGUGUAAAACCUGCAAGAUUCGUAGGGUCAAAUGUGGCGAGGAAAAACCAACAUGUCAUCGUUGCUCCAGUACAGGACGACGAUGUGAGUAUGAGGGCGAUGAGACAUCCCCUAGAGGUUCAACUACCCCGCCGUCACUGUCGCCAAGCCAAGCACUGUCGUUAUCGCCAAAUUCAGGCCAGCGCGAGCGUCGUGCAUUCGAGUAUUACUUUCAGCAUGCCGCAAAAUACCUUGCUGGUGGUAUGGCCAUCGAUUUCUGGACUGGCGUUGUCCCGCAGCUUUGCCGCACAGAGCCCGCUGUGUGGGACUCGAUGAUUGCGAUCAGUAGUCUGUAUGAACACCCUGACCAAUGCACGGAUUUCACAUUAUUGAGAGCUCGUGAAACAAGCUCGCAUAAUAUGAAUUCAUCUCUACAAGAGGCUUUGGCAUGGUACUCACGGUCGAUAUCGAACAUCCACUCUCAGAUUGAGCGCGGAAAAGCCGACCCGUACAUCGCACUCAUUAGCUGUGUGCUAUUUAUCUGCAUUGAGACCAUUCAGGGGCGCAUGGAGGAGGCAUUGCAGCUAUACAAGCAGGGUGUGACUUUGAUACUUGACCUGCGAACUCAGGUUUCCCUUGGAGAGGUGUCCGCGACAAAAGCUGCUCUUUUGGAGCACACGAUGAUCCCGCUAUUCCUACGUUUGGGAACCAUUUCCUUGACCAUUUCUGACGUUCAACCUACCGAGGUUUUUGCACUCGUCGAGCAAGAGACAAACCCUUCUACAUUUGAGUCACUGAGCUCUGCUCGAUCUGCCAUCACUAUCCUUUCUAUGGAAAUAAUCCUUUUCGAUCGGGAAGCAAGGAUGCACCUGUAUGCUGUCGGAGGCGAAGCUUUCGUGAGUCAAGAAAUGCUCGCGAGAAAGCAGUCCUUCCAAACCCAACUCGACGGCUGGGUUCGCGCUUACAAUUCUUAUUGUCAAACCAUCUCAGAUAAAUCUUACCCAUUGGGGGUGGAGCCUAUCCUCCUUUCAUAUCACGCUGCUGCAUCCAUCUCACUGUCUGGAUGUCUCACAUAUUCAGAAACCGUCUUUGAUGCUCAUAUAGCACAUUUCACAACCAUUGUUGAACAGGCUGACCUGGCGCUCACUACCUCGGCUGGACCCGACGGCUCACAGCCACCAUUUACCUUUGAGAUGGGUGUUGGCAUUCCUCUCUUCCUGACAUCAAUGAAGUGUCGAGAGCCAAAUUUACGACAAAGAGCACUGCAGCUAUUACUACAAGCACCCCCGAUGCAAGGCUUCUUCAAAUGUACUCCAGUCGCUCUUCUGGCAGGAAACAUCAUGAAGCUCGAAGAGCACUAUGCUCGCACAAUGCGAGAAAUGAGAUCAGAGCAACAAUCUUCCGAUAAUACAUAUAAAGCUGUGCCCCUGCCGACGACGCCAGAGCUUAUCCCGGCGGAGGCACGUGUAUCUUUUUGUGGCGUUUUCCGGCCCGCUACUGGCUUUCCUCCAAGCAUCACCGAAUUUGACGUCGCUAGAUGGGGCCGUGGUCCAGAUCAGCUUUUCUUGCAUUAUUCGAGACAAAUAUUCGACACGAAUAGUAAGACAUGGCAACAAGUUCCAGAAAUCGUGCCACUAGAGGCCUGA